CUUCUGGUCACAGUGUCCUAGGGGCAAGAGACCCACUACUGAGAGUUCCCCUCCGGGGGGGAGUGAUCACAAAACAGUAUACAGGUCAACAAGACUUGGAGAUGACAGGACCAAGGUCCCAACAUCCUCUUAGAUACGCAGUGUAGUCUUCCAUGCUGUCUAUCCUUCGAUAUCUUACGCUUCUCACACAACGAGUGGAGUGGAGCGUUCAAGAUGGCAAGCAAGGAUAGGAAUUGGUUCUGAUCCCCCUGUGCUUCCACAGAUGCUGUGUUUCUCAGUUUGCCCAUUUUAAAACUGUAUGAUGUGACUUGGAGAGAAAAGAGAAGUUCUACCAAGAACUGUGAAGGAUGCAAGAUUUCCAACUUUCUGGCAGGCUAACAAGCUGUCUUAUUUUAAUGAAGAAAGCCUGAGGGUUCCAGGCAGGAGACUUUUGAAAGAUUGUCAGGUUUUAAAAUACUGUCAAAAAUCAUGCCAGAAAACGAGAAAGAUCCAGCUCACCCUACUAUGAAGAAGAAUACACUCGAAACAGGUAAAACAUGUCUUCAAAUAAAGGAGCUCAAAGACAAAGCGAGGGCCUUAAUGCUUGCAGAAACUGCCAGAAUGCAAGGCUUGUCAGAAUUCUUCUUCUCCAGGCAUGAGGAUAAAAGGCUUUAUGAAAGUAAAUCAACAAAUACAGAAGAUGUGAAUAAAGGCAUCUACUUCAGCUACCCAAGUCGGCGACAUAGCUGUACUUUGGUAAACAUCCCUAAACCAUGUGUAAGCAAAAUGAUUUCCCACAUCGAAGAUGUGGAAUCUAAAAUACAGGAGCAUUUGACACAAUUUGAAGCUUCUUUUGAAGAAUGGACUUCUGGCACAAAAGAUAAAGAGGAAGAUUUGGGGUCCUCUGCUCCCGAGAAAGAAGUACACCCAGAAAAAGCAAAGGAUGAGAAGUGUCCCGAGUUGAGGAAGAGGAUGGAGACAUUGCUAUCAGAGGCCAUCUACCUCAUUAAAAGUCUGGAAACAGACAGAGCAGAAGCAGAACAAGCUUUAAGACAACAAAAAUCACGGAAGAAAAGGAUUAGCAUGAAAAUUGACGCUUGGUCCAUUUGGAAGCUCCAAGAACUCCCAAUAGCUGUACAGAAAGAACACGAGAACUUCUCCAAAGAAAUCGCAGAGCUGACCAACCAUAUUAAAGACAAGGCCAUCAAGGUGGACCAUCUACAGGAGCAGAAAGAGAGGCUGGAAAAAGCCAAUGAGAAGGUCCAGAAGGACAUAGACUACAUGAUUUCUCAUAGCAUUCUAAUAGAGAAAAAGCGCAAGCAGGAGCUACAGUCUCUGAGAGAACGUUACCAUAAAAAGUUUGAGGUAAUGGAAAAAUUUAGAGCAAUUCAUGAAGAGCUUAAAGAGUCCGUGGAUAAGUGUGAAAGUACCAAAGCAAAGCUUAAGCAUAUGAGAAUAGAGAACGAAAAAGAAAUUCAAGAAGAUCUAACAAGUGCAGCAUCCUAUGAGAAAGAACUAGAUAAGCUUACUUGUCUGGAGGCUCACUAUACAGCCUCAAUUGAGUCUGUGAAUCUGGACCUUGAAGGCGAUGAAGAAUCAGUGAGUGAGGUGCUGAGAGAAACACAGAGCACAACAGAUGAACUAUCAAAUUUAAAAAGAACAAUAGAUGACUUGAAAAAAAUGUUUGAUCAAUAUUGCUGGAAACAAAAAAUAUAUGAAAAGGAGUACCUGGAAACACUUACUAAUUUUUAUUCCUCAAAAAAAGCAUGGGAUGCUGAGAUUUCUAAUGUUUCGAAAGACGUCAAAGAUAUUUCAUCAGUAUUAGAGACAAAGUCAGAAGUAAACAAAAAGAUUCAAUCUGAAAUUGAAAACAUAACAGAUGAAAUUGGAGAAAGUAUAAAGAAUAGAAGCAAGCUUGAGGAAGAAAUCCAAUCAUUUGUAGAAAUGAAGAUGAAGAAUAAUAAUUACCUCAAAGUGCUCUACAAGCAGGCUUAUCACAUUGGGGCUAUUUACCACCUAGCUAAACACAGAACAGACGAGUUGGAGGAAAAACUAGCAGAAACGAGAAGAAAAUUCAAGGGUAGAGAAGAAUUCCUGAAGAAGCUCAUGAGAGGUGACAUAACUGCAGGGAUUGAGAUUCAGAAAAGGCUAUAUUCCAUGGAAGAAUCUCAGUUUAUUGAGAUGCAGGAGUAUAUACGAAGAAAAGCACUCUACAGUAUGGCUUUGUUAGAAGUAGAGGAGCCACUGAAAAAGAUAGAAGAUGAAGCUAUGAAAAUCAGGCAGCUUCACAGACAGCACUCUAAUAUACUGCAUGAUAUACGGAAGAGGAAAGAACAUGUUAAAAGGAAAGUAGAAGCAACAAAGAAAAAAUUACGAAGAAAGAGCAAGAAAAGCCGCAAGGAACUCACAAGGACCGAGGGAAAAGUUACAAUAAUUCAUCAAGAAAUAGAGUUAGCUAGAGAGAAAACAGUUGUUCUCCACGAGCAAAGCAAGGAGCUAAGUAAGGAGAUACAGAUAAUGA